UUGCUUUACCAUAAUUCACAUUCACAUGCUUAGACACUUCAAUAAAAUCUUCUAGAUCACCUUAUUCCUUUUUCCUCUUUAUUUUUCUCAUCAAACGCAAUGUCCAAGGAACAGACCGGCAGGAAUGGUUCUGACAAGAACGCUGUCACUGUCGGCUCACUCACUCCUGUCAAAGUGUCUGUGCCCAACACGAACCUGCACCUCGCAGGUAUUCUCCAAUCGACUAACCACAGCUCGCGUAGACUUGGCAUCAUCUGUCAUGGCUCCCUUGGUCACAAGAACUACCUCUUCCAACCCACCCUCGCAAACGCGCUUGCACCUUACAUGGACACCUUUCGGUUUGACUUUCGAGGCAAUGGUGAGAGUGAUGGCCAGAUGGGCUACUCGAACUGGAAUGAUGAUCUAGCAGAUAUCGAUGCUGUCAUCUCUCACUUUGAGCGCCAAGGCUAUUACAUUUAUGCUCUGAUCGGCCACUCGCGAGGCGCCAUUUCAGCUCUGAACUACGCUGCUAACUUCAACCACAUGCCAAUGAUCCCUUAUAUCAUCAGCAUCAGCUCCCGCUUCAAUAUGGCUGAUGUUAGGCGUAAACAUGGUCCCGAACUAAUGACUCUCCUUGAAAAUCAGGGUCAUUUUGAAUGGCAUGCACGCAGUGCAGGAAAAGAAAUAACUUUGCGGGUUACACAACAGCAUUUUGAUGAUUUUGUCAAUUUGGACACGGCGUCAGUUAUCCAUAUCCCUACAAUGACAAACAUUCUUCUGUGUCAUGGAUCUGACGAUGAGGUAGUACCUGUUCGUGAUAUUGCUGAUCUUCAUAGCCAUCUUUCACAUGCCAGGACAACCCUUCGCAUCAUUAAUAGGGCUGAUCAUAACUACAAAAAGCACUACAAAGAAUUAUCAGAGAUGGUUGCACAUUAUUUCUCAGCGGAAGGGCGCAAACAGGAGUGGAGCAGACGGGUUUUACCGAAUUGGAAGACAUGGGUCCACGCUGUUGAGGGCGUACUCAACUUUAGGACCGUAGGCGAUAUCUGGAUACCCUCUAAAGAAGACGGAACUGUGAGCUAUCUUCGUCCUGGCAUUAUCUAUCGCUCUGCUGACGUCUCUAAACCUACACCUGAAGGUAUCAAGACCAUGGAGGCAUUAAAUAUCACAGACACAUUUGAUCUUCGCUCAAAUUCAGAGAUAGAACGCCGUGGUACUUUUGAUACUGGAAAGAUUAGGCGUCAUCAUACGCCUGUCUUCUCUGAAGUUGAUUAUUCUCCUGCACAAAUUGCUCUUCGUUUCAGCAUGUAUCUUGGAGGGACUGAAGGUUUUGCAAAUGCAUACAUGUCCAUGUUGCCCAAUAUUAAACAGUUUUUGCCACCAAUUCUGGAGCAUAUUGUCAAUAAACGGACACCGUUCAUUGUUCAUUGCACAGCAGGCAAGGACAGGACAGGAGUUGUCUGUGCUCUUUUGCAAAUGAUCUGUGGCGUGGAUGAAGAGCAGAUUGCAUGGGAAUAUGAGUUGACUCGUCGUUGCAUGGCUAUCAAAGAAGAAGAUGUGAGGUUCUUGAAGGCAGCAUUAGGCGAAGACACCACAGAUGCCAAGGUUCGUGGGAUCUUAUCGGCAAAAGAGGAGUACAUGUUUCGAUUCCUAGAGCAGUUCCAUGCCAAGUACGGCACGAUUACUGACUUUUUGGCGAAUGAAUUGGAAAUGACCAUGGAGCAAAUUGAUGCUGUACGGAACGCUUUGUUAGUUAAGAUCCCUGUGCCUCGCGCAGUUUUGUAGACUUCAGCUGCUUUCUGUACGUUGAAAUAUACCUUUAUUCUGUUUUAAUGCACAGAAACCUAAAAAAUGAAAUCAG